CCGGUGCGGCUGGCGGCGGACGGGCCGGACGGAGGGCCAGCAAACGGGCAGCCACCGCCUCGGCGCGUCCCGCGGCCGGGACUGGCCCUGCGGCGGAGGCGCCGAGACCUGCUCGUGCUGGGCCCGGCCUGGCCCUCCUCAAAUUAGGGCGGCGGCGGGCCCGCGCCCUCCCGGGGCCAUGGCGCUGAGGGAGCUCAAAGUGUGUCUGUUGGGGGAUACAGGUGUAGGUAAAUCGAGCAUUGUAUGGCGAUUUGUGGAAGACAGUUUUGAUCCGAACAUCAACCCAACAAUAGGGGCAUCUUUUAUGACCAAGACUGUCCAGUACCAAACUGAGCUGCAUAAGUUCCUGAUCUGGGAUACAGCUGGACAAGAACGAUUCCGUGCCUUAGCACCCAUGUAUUACCGAGGCUCCGCAGCUGCUAUCAUUGUCUACGACAUCACCAAGGAAGAGACAUUUUCAACAUUAAAGAACUGGGUGAAAGAACUCCGGCAGCACGGCCCACCUAAUAUCGUUGUUGCCAUCGCAGGAAAUAAGUGUGACCUUACCGACGUCAGAGAAGUCAUGGAGAGGGACGCGAAAGACUACGCUGACUCCAUCCAUGCCGUCUUCGUAGAGACCAGCGCCAAAAACGCCAUAAACAUAAAUGAACUCUUUAUAGAAAUCAGUCGAAGAAUUCCAUCCACAGAUGCAACUCCACCCUCAGGGGGUAAGGGCUUCAAACUCCGCAGACAGCCUUCAGAGCCCAAACGCAGCUGCUGCUGA